GCGGCGGCCAAUCAGGGGGCGCGCGCGCGGCACGCGCUUAUUAGCAUGCGGGGCGCGUCGCGCGGCGGAGUGCGCGGCGGGCGGGGAGGCGCGGCGGGGCCCCCGCUCCCUUUCUGCAGGCGCAGCCGGUGCAUGGGCAGUGCGCGGGGGGACCGGCGGAGCUCAGCUGCUACCGCCACCGCCACCACCGUGCGCACCCCGGCGGGGCCGCCCCGCGCCGCUCCCUCUCUUCGCCGUGCCCCCCCCUCGCCGCGCGGAACGCCCCUCCGGAGCGGAGGAUGAGCCGGCAGCCCCGGCCCCGAGCGCGGCACGCCGCCCAGCCCGGCCCGCCGCGGCGCUGAGGAUCACCGAGCAGCCCCCGGGCCCCCCCCCCCCCGGGUGGGCUCUUGCCCCCCUCCGGCCCCCGGCAUGGACGGCCGUGACUUCGCGCCCCCGCCGCGGCUGUUGGCGGAGCGGGGAGGCCUCGGGCACCGGCACGGCACGGGGCGCGUCUCGGGCUCGGCGCACAGCACCGUGCAGCCCCCCGGCCACUUCCAGCCCGCCAAGUUCUUCCCCGCGCCCAUCUCCAUGGCCACGCACUCAGCAGGGAGCGGACUGAUGGGGAGCGCACCCGCCUCGUCCUUCAUGGGGAGCUUCCUGAGCAGCAGCCUGGGCUCGGGGGCCCCCAGCCACCCCUCGGGCCCCGCCGCGUCCCCCCCGGAGCCGGCGUUCCGCGGGCCGCACUCCGGCACCUCCCAAAUCUGGUUCUCGCACUCCCACGAAGCCCCGGGGUACCCCCGCUUCUCCGGGAGCCUGGCGUCCACCUUCCUGCCCAUGAGCCACCUGGACCACCACGGCAACAGCAACGUCCUCUACAGCCAGCACCGCUUCUACGAGAGCCAGAAAGAUAACUUCUACCUGCGCAACCUGCCCGCCCAGCCCGCCCUGCUCUCCGCCGGCCACGGCUUCCCCGGCAUCGCCCGCGCCGCCCCCGGCCCCCCCGCUGGCUCCUGCAGCCGGGAGCGCGAUGCCGGCCCCCUGCCCAAGACCCCCAAGGACUACGACCGCUUCCUGGCGGCCAAGGAGAAGGCGAGCAAGGCGGAGGGCAAGGAGCGGCCGCCGGAGGACGACGCCAAGGAGAGGCACCGGGCGGUGCUGCCGGUGCCGCCCGAGGGGCACUGCAAAGAGGGGCUCCCCCCCCGGGCGGCGGGCGACGGGCGCCCCAAGCACCUCGCCUCCUGCCUGCUGGGUGCCAAGGGGCUGGAGGGCGAGGGCGGCCGCGCGGCGCUGCCCAGCUGUGCCGGCAGCGCCCUGCCCCGUGCCGGCCGCUGCGCCAAGGAGCCGUGCCGUGGAGAGAGGGAACCGGGAGCCCCCGAGGCUCCGCCGCCCUACGGCGAGUGCCUGGAGCGGCGGCAGAUGCUGCACCACGCCGUCUCCUACGCCGUGCCCACCGGGCCGGCCCCGCUCGGCGCCGCCGCCGCCGCUGCCGCCGGUUCCUUCCCCUGCCUGCAGCUGCACGCCGGCCCCGACGUGCUGUGCCCGCUGCCGGACAAAGCCGGGAGGGAGCUGAAGCUGAGCGGGGCCACGUUCGUGCCUUCGGUGGGACACUUGGCGGACAAGAGCCGCUCCUUCCAAGUGGCGGCCGAGAGCUGCGGGCUGGAGCGCGCCGAGGGCAAGGAGCGGCAGGCGAGGUGGGCGCCGAGCCCCCCUGCCGCCUACGGAGCCUCCUUCCACCACCACGCCAAGGCGGAGGGCAAAGCGGAGCGGCGGCUCGAGUGGGGUGGCCCCGGCGCCCGGCUGAAGGGGUUGGAGUACCUGGGGGCUGGCGGGGCGGCCGAGGGGCCCCCCUUCGCCAGCCUCGGCCCCCCGCCCCCCAAGGGCGGCCUGGAGAAGGGCUAUUUCGAGGUGCCGCCGGCCCCGGACUGCUCCCGUGCCCCGCACGCCGACCCGCUGGGUGCCAAGGUGGGCCCGUCCUGCUGCACUUUAGAGAAGGGCCCCAAGGACCCCCCCGGGCAGACCCCGCAGAAGGUGGCGCGGAUCCGGCACCAGCAGCACGGCGGCCCCGAGGCGGAGCCGGCCGGCGGCGGCCCCGAGGGCAAGCGGAAAGCCCUGGAGCUGAACUCCCUGGGCUACAACGGGCCCCCCCUGCCCCCCUGGGGCGUGCAGGGCCAGGGCCCCCCCAUGGCCAUGGCGGAGGAGAGGAAGGGCUCCUACCUGGACCCCUUCAGCACGAGUCUGCAGCAGGCUGCGUUGAUGACUCAGGGCUCGGUGCUGAGCCAGGACAUGCCGACCCCCCCGGACGAGGUCUCGGCCAUGAAGAACCUUCUCAAGUACAGCAACCAAGCACUUAUCGUGGGCCAGACUCCCUUCGUGGGGCUGGGUGGCAUCAAGGGCAGCUGCGCCCACCAGGACGCCAAGUUCCCCCCGGGCAAGGGGCAGCCGGAGCUGGAGCGGCCGGAUUGCGCCCGCAGCCGGGAGCACGAGCUGGGCCACGGCGAGGGCGAGGUGCGGCAGCCCCCCGUGGGCAUCGCCGUGGCCGUGGCGCGGCAGAAGGACACGCUCAGCCGCCCCGAGCCCUCCUACGGCAGCGGCUCCGGCCGGCAGGGCCGGGUGGCCACCGGCAUCAAAGCCGGCACGGCACGGCCCAUGCACGUCAUCGACCUGGAGGCAGAGGAGGAGCGGGGCCGGCUCUGCGAGGAGCGCCUGGGGCUGCCGGGGAGAGAGCUCCUUCUCCAGGACAACAAGGAGCUGGUGGAGUUCGCGCGGAUGCACCCCUCGGGGGGGUGUCCCGGGGACCUCACCCCCCACCUGAUGAUCGCGGGGGGCUCCUCGCUGCCGGCGGGACAGCUCGGGGGGGACCCGGCCGCCCACGCGCACCCGGCGCACACGCACUGGCUGCCCCGCACCCGCAGCCCCUCCAUCUGGAUGGGGGGACACUCCUACGGCAUCGGCCACCCCACGCUGCACCAGAACCUGCCGCCCGCCUUCCCCGCCUCCAUGCCCAGCACCAUGCAGCCCGUCUUCCCCCUCUCCCAGGAGCCCCCCGCCCAGCUCGUCAUCCUGCCCACCGAGCCCCCCGCCCACGGCACCCCCCACACGCUGGCCGACGUGAUGGACCAGGCGUCGCUGUGGCCCCCCAUGUACCCGGGCCGGGGUCCCGGCGCCCACCUGCAGCACACGGGGCAGCUGCCCGUGUACUCGCGCUCGCAGUUCCUGCGGCAGCAGGAGCUCUACGCCCUGCAGCAGCAGCGGGCGGCUCAGGCCCUCGAGAUCCAGCGGCAGGCGCACGUCCAGCGCAAGCCGGAGGAGCAGCCCCUGGAGCUGGAGGACGUGUGCCCCGAGAAGCCCCUCAAACCCUCCCACAAAGCAGUUGCCUUAAACCCCCCGGCCAAGGGCAUGUCCUCGGCAGCCCCCGGCCCCCCCAAGCUGUCCCCUUGCUGCCACUCCCCGGCCCUGCGGCACCCGGCCAAGUGCCCCGUGGCUCUCCCCGCGGCCCCCUGCACUUUACCCGUCGCCCCGCCUGCCAGCUCCGCCGUGGCCCCCCGCUCCCCGGCCGACAGCCCCGUCCCCGUCCAGAGCAAGGGCAGCGACGGCGAGGACAAGCGCGGGGAGGGCCAGCCGCCCCGCGACUACCCCAAAUCCCUGGAGCCAGACCUGCCCCCGGGUUACAGCUACCCCGCGGCCACCAUGGGCUUUUCGGAGGCGCACUCAGCCGAGCCCGCCGACCCCGACACGAUGCACGCGGGCUCCCCCCCGGCUGAGCCCGAGCAGUCGCGGACCUUCAGCCCCGCCGAGGAUGUGCUGAGGGAGCCCGGCCCCCCCGUGCGAGAGCCGCCGGCCGGGGGGGCUGCAGCCGAGGGUCCCGGCGCGCUGCUGCACCGCCACCACCUCCUCCUCGCCCCGGGGCCGGCCCCGGCUGCGGUGGCCACCGAGGAGCCCUUUGGGGUGCGCCGGGAGGUGGCUCCGGCAGUGCUGGAGCAGAGCUCGGUGGAGCAGCAGCGCCCGGUGCCCGUGGUGGGGUCCUCGCCGCUGGUCCCCCCCUGCGGCGAGGAGGAGGAGGAGGACGAGGAAGAGGAGGAGGAGGAGGGUGACAGCGAAGGCUCAGGGCCGGAGGGCAGCUGUGACGAGGAGGAGGGCGAUGGCCCCAGCCACGCACCCAGCGGGCGGCAGGGCUGCCCGGGCGGGCUGGAGGCUCUCAUCGCUGCCGGCAUCGACCUGGGGGAGCUCCCAGCGCUGGGGUCCCCCGAGGAGCCCCCCCCGGCCCCCCCUUCACCCGCCCCGUGCGCCGCGGGGCUGCCCGGCAUCGCGCUGCUCAGCGAGCUGGCCGACCUGGAGCUCCGCCGGCGCCGCUGCGACCUGGCCCUGGAAGGGGAGGACGAGGACCUGCUGGCCUUCAACCUGCAGAACCUGGCCACGGUGGCGGCCGCCUGGUCGCUGGUGGAGGCGGCCAGCAGGGAGGGCAGCCCCCCGGCGCUCAGCCCCCUGCCCGCCUCGCCGCCGCCCCGCGCCCGCGUGCCUCGCCGCAAGUACACCUGGACGCCCAAAACCAAGGCCGUGUGCCCCCUGAAGGCGGCCAUCGAGCAGCUGAACACGCAGGAGGUGGAGGUGCGGAUGCGGCUGGCCGAGCUGCAGCGGCGCUACAAGGAGAAGCAGCGCGAGCUGGUGAAGCUGCAGAGGCGGCACGACCACGAGCGCGACGAGAGCUCGCGGAGCCCGGCACGGCGCGGGCCGGGGCGGCCGAGGAAGCGCAAGCACUCCAGCACGUUGGGCAGGGCCGAGAGCCGCAAGGUCAAGGCGGUGAAGAGCAGCCUGUCCCUGCUGUGCGCCGGGCUGCGUGCCGAGCCCCAGCCCAAAAAGAAACGGAGCAAACUGGCCCAGGAGGCGUACGGAGGCAUCAAGGGCCCCCCUUCGGACAAGGUGCGGUGCAAGAAGAGCGGCUCGCAGAGCAAGCUGUCCUGCAAGGUGGCCCACAAAGUGUCGCAGCUGAAGCAGAAGGUGAAGAGCAAGGGGCUCCCCGCCGGCAUCAGCCCCUUCCGACGGAAAGACCCCAACCCCGGGGGCCGCAUCCAGAAGAAGCUGUCCCGCGCCAAGAGCUCCAAGGGCGGCGCCGCCAAGUACCAGCCGCAGGACCCCGACCCCCGCGAGCCCCCCGGGUUCAAAGGCAAGGCUGGCACGGGGCUGGGGGGGCCAGGAUAGGGCCUGGGGGGGGGCUACAGUAAUAGGAGGAUGCUGUAAUGGGGGGGCUGCAGUGUGGGGGCGAGGACGCUGACUGACGAGCCGGGCUUGGCCCUGCUGCCCUCGGUGCCCGUGGCCGUGCUGGGCCCCUCGCCCUCCUCCGUGGUGAAGAUGGAAGCCAACGAGAAGGCGAAGAAGAAGAAGGAAAGGCAGGGGCUGCUCGGUCCCUGCCGCCUCGGCAGCCCCGAGGGCGAGGUGAAGAUCAAGCGGCGGCCGGUGAAGCCGGGAGCUGGCAAGUUGGAGAAGGUCCCGGCACGGAGGAAGGCGGGAGGCUGCGAGGAGGGGGGCAAGAAGAAGCUGAAGGCGAAACCCAAGGAGAGCCUCAGGGCGCCGGCCCCGAGCGGCCCCAGCGCCCCGACCCCCCCCAACAGCCUCUUUGGGGGCGCAGACCCCCGGCACUUUGGGGCGCGGGACGACGGCGCCCGCCUGGCCAGCGAGAGGCUCAAGAAGGCGACGCGCAAGAGCAAGGUGCUGCAGUCGGCCCUGAGGCGGAAGAACGGGGCGCUCUCGCUGGCCCUCUCGCCCCGGAGCGCCAAGACCAUCCUGAGCAAGGGCAAGAAGUUGGCCAAGGUGAAGAGCAAAGUGGCCACCAAGCAGUGCAAGGGCCGGGCGGUCAGCAAGCUGCUGGAGAGCUUCACGGUGGAGGACGACUUCGACUUCGACGACAACAGCAGCUUCUCGGAGGAGGAGGAGGACGGGGGGGGGGGCUGCACGGGGGGGCGCCGCUCCCCCCUGCCCCACACGUGCUCCAUCCAGAAGGAGGAUCUGCGGGACGGGCUGCACAUCCUCAUCCCCAAGGAGGACAGCCUGCUCUACGCCGGCAGCGUCCGCACCAUCCAGCCCCCCGAUAUCUACAGCAUCAUCAUCGAGGGCGAGCGGGGGAAUCGGCAGCGCAUCUACUCGCAGGAGCAGCUGCUGCAGGAGGCGGUGCUGGACGUGCGGCCGCAGUCGAGGCGCAGUUUGCCGCCCGGCACCCGCGUCUGCGCCUACUGGAGCCAGAAGUCGCGGUGCCUCUACCCGGGGAACGUGGUGCGAGGCUCCUCCAGCGACGAGGAGGAGGACGACCCCGAGGCGGUGAUGGUGGAGUUCGACGACGGGGACACGGGGCACAUCGCCGUCUCCAACAUCCGCCUGCUGCCCCCCGACUUCAAGAUCCAGUGCACGGAGCCGUCCCCGGCGCUGCUGGUCUCCAGCUCGUGCCGGAGGACGAAGCGGUCGUGCGGCGGUGGCCCCCCCCGGGAGCUGCCCCCCAGCCUCUGCACGGAGCGGCACGACGGCCCCGAGACCCCCAAGAACUCAGGCAAGAAGGCGGCCGGCAAGGAGAAAAGUGGCAAAGCCGCGGAGGUGCUGUCGGGCGGGAAGGCGCCGGUGCUGAGCGACCCGUUCGUGGGGCGGCGCGGGGGGCCGCUGCUCAGCUGGUCGGCGGUGGCGCAGACGAAGAGGAAGGCGGCGAGCAAGGGCACGGCCGUGCUGCAGAACCUCUUCCAGGUGAACGGCAGCGCCAAGAAGCUGCGGGCCAAAGAGGCGCUCUUCCCCGUGCACCACCACGUCGCCGCCCCCGUCUUCGGCAACGGCUUCGGGGCCGACUCCUUCAGCCGCAUCGCCAGUUCCUACGCCUCCUUCGGGGCCGGGGCUGGGCUGGUGCUGCCGGCUGCCCAAAAACUCCUGCGCUCCAAAAAGGCCGAGCGGCUGGAGGCAGAAGUGGGCAAAGGCGGCCGGAGAAAGGCGGGCAGUGAGUACCUGGUCAAGCUGGACCACGAAGGGGUGACGUCCCCCAAGAACAAGAACUGCAAGGCCCUGCUGCUGGGUGAGAAGGACUUUGGGGCCAAGCUGGAGCGGCCCCUGGCCAGCCACGGCUAUGCCCACGCGGCCCUGGCGGGCAAGGAUAGGAAGGGGCGGGCGCCCGUGCACCAGCUGCCCAUGGGGCUGGCGCUGCGGAAAUACUCGGGCCAAGCCGAGUUCACCCUGAACUGCGACAGCGACUGCCACAGCUCCUACUCGGACAUGGACGAGGACGAGGAGGCGGGCGGGCUGGGCGCCGACGUGCCCUCGCGCUUUAUGACCCGCCUCUCGGUUUCCUCCUCUUCCUCGGGCUCUUCCACCUCCUCCAGCUCCGGCUCCAUCUCCACCUCCAGCCUCUGCUCCUCCGACAACGAGGAUUCGUCCUACAGCUCCGAGGACGAGGACUCCACGCUGCUGCUCCAGACCUGCCUCUCGCACCCGGUGCCGGCGCUGCUGGCGCAGCCGGAGGCGCUGCGCUCCAAGAGCGGCGCCCCGCAGCGCUGCUUCCUCACCAAGGCCGCCGCCGCCGGCCCCAAAGCCAAGCUCAAGCGCAAGGAGGCCCUCAGCUUCUCCAAAGCCAAAGAGUUCUCCCGGAGGCAGCGCCUGCCCUCGGUGGAAAGGCCAAAGAUCUCCGCCUUCCUGCCCGCGCGCCAGCUCUGGCGGUGGUCCGGGAACCCCACGCAGCGGCGGGGCAUGAAGGGGAAGGCGCGGAAGCUGUUCUAUAAGGCCAUCGUGCGGGGCAAGGAGACGCUGCGCAUCGGGGACUGCGCCGUCUUCCUCUCGGCCGGGCGGCCCAACCUGCCCUACAUCGGGCGCAUCGAGAGCAUGUGGGAGUCGUGGGGCAGCAACAUGGUGGUGAAGGUCAAGUGGUUCUACCACCCCGAGGAGACCAAGCUGGGCAAGCGCCAGAGCGACGGCAAGAACGCCCUGUACCAAUCGUGCCACGAGGACGAGAACGACGUGCAGACCAUCUCCCACAAGUGCCAGGUGGUUGGCCGCGAGCACUACGAGCAGAUGACCCGCAGCAGAAAAUACCAGGACCGCCAGGACCUCUACUACCUGGCGGGCACCUACGACCCCACCACGGGGCGCCUGGUGACCGCCGACGGGGUCCCCAUCCUCUGCUGACCCACGGGGGGGGGGGACGGGGACGGGCAGCCCCCCCCCCGUGCGCCCCCCACCCC